AAGUUGUAGGUGGCAGCACAGCGUCACGUGAAUUUUCAUGGCGUUGAAGGGCUAGUCCCGAAUUGUCUUGUGGUUUCGCCAAAAUUAUUUGCUGUUUCAGAUAAUUUAUUAUAAACAGCAUUAAUUUUUAAAUUCUAGUGGUGAAAAUGACUGAAUACUGGGUGAUCAGUGCCCCUGGCGACAAGACCUGUCAGCAGACUUGGGAUACCCUGAACAAUGCCACCAAAUCAGGCAACCUCAGUGUCAACUAUAAAUUCCCUAUUCCUGACCUUAAGGUGGGAACUUUGGAUCAGUUGGUGGGGCUGUCAGAUGAUCUGGGCAAGCUUGAUACUUUCGUCGAAGGUGUGACCAGGAAGGUAGCCCAGUACCUUGGAGAGGUACUUGAAGAUCAGCGCGAUAAGCUCCAUGAAAACUUGAUGGCCAAUAACAGCAUGGAUUCAUACGGGGACCCGGGCGGGGGCGAGCCGCCUCCGACGCCCACCUCGCCGGUCUGCGACUCGGCCUACUCUGAGCACCACGGGUGUUGGCCUUGCGAACACCGCGAGCAUUCAGAAUGCGAGGCGUCACAUCCGUCGCAUUCCCAGCCCUCGAGCGGCCGGAGCUCGCCACGUUGGGACGAUGACGAAGACGAGGAGAGACCCCACCACGUCCUCUCACAAGGUGACCUCCCCACUUAUUUGACUCGCUUCCAAUGGGACAUGGCUAAGUACCCCAUAAAGCAGAGUCUGCGGAAUAUUGCCGACAUCAUAAGCAAACAGGUAGGACAGAUCGACGCGGAUCUGAAGGUCAAGUCCUCCGCCUACAACGCUCUCAAAGGAAACCUACACAAUUUAGAGAAGAAACAGACCGGGAGCUUGUUGACCCGCAACUUGGCCGAUCUAGUCAAGAAGGAGCACUUCAUCUUGGACAGCGAGUACCUGACCACACUCCUGGUCAUCGUGCCCAAGUCAAUGUUCAACGAUUGGAAUGCCAACUACGAGAAGAUAACGGACAUGAUCGUGCCGCGCUCCACCCAGCUCGUCCACCAGGACAACGACUACGGACUCUUCACCGUCACCCUCUUCAAGAAGGUGGCGGACGAGUUCAAGCUGCACGCUCGCGAGCGCAAGUUCGUGGUUCGCGAGUUCGCUUACAACGAGGCCGACCUGCUCGCCGGCAAGAACGAGAUCACCAAGCUCGUCACCGACAAGAAGAAGCAGUUUGGACCGCUGGUGCGAUGGUUGAAGGUGAACUUCUCCGAGUGCUUCUGCGCUUGGAUCCACGUUAAAGCUCUGCGUGUGUUCGUCGAAUCCGUUUUGAGAUACGGUCUGCCGGUGAACUUCCAGGCCGUGGUGAUGGUCCCGGCGCGCAAGAGCAUGAAGAAGCUGCGCGACCUCCUCAACCAGCUCUACGCGCACCUCGACCACUCCGCGCACGCGCACUCCGCCGCCGCGCCGGACAGCGUGGAGCUAGCCGGCCUAGGUUUCGGUCAAUCGGAAUAUUUCCCGUAUGUUUUCUAUAAGAUCAACAUCGACAUGAUCGAGAAAUCGUCGGCCUAAAUAGAAUGAAUGCGUCUUUUAAGCUAGGUAAUGUUACCAUCACCAACCGGCUUUAUUACAUGAUCGAAAUUUAAAAAAAUAUAUCGGUCAGAACAAUAAUCGCCAUUGUACUGUACAAUUCAGUUGUUUAACACAGGAACCCUUUGCCUUGUUUGUAAAUUGUUUUUUUUUCUAUGUACAGUUUUUAAUGUAGUUUUUAUUUUGACAAUAUUCUAUAAUUUUGAAAAAGAAAUCAUGUAGUUUGUCUGUUUUUGUUUUUUUUUUUAAGAACAUAGCAGGUUUCGUUGUUGGUGAAUGUGCAAAAUGUAUUUAUGUUUAUAAUUUAUUUAACCCGGAAGCGCCGCUGUCACCGACGUGACAUGAGCAAAAUAGAUUUAGAAAAAAAAGGCCUUCUGGUUAUUUCUUUACACACACUUUUUCUUAGAUCUAUUGUCGUAUUUAAUGAGCAUAAAAGAAAACAACAUCUUGGAAAUAAAAUAGAAUCGCAAGUACGUUUUUAAUUCACAGACUCCAUAUUGGAACAAUGGGCACACCUUUUGCCAGGAUAGAAAAUAAAUAAUGUUGCCAUAAAAAAAAAUGUUCUUGUGAUUUUAUGAACUUAGCUGAGACAAAUACGACAAUAAAUCAAAAGCACUGUGUUGUAAGCUUAAAAGCUUUGAAU